UCAGUUGUCCAGCACUUUAAGAGUAACUUGUAACAUGGAUCGCUGGAAAGGCAGGGUUGCUCUUGUCACUGGGGCUUCAGUGGGAAUCGGAGCUGCAAUUGUCAAGUCUCUUGUGCAGCAUGGCAUGAAGGUGGUCGGAUGUGCCAGAAAUCUAGAGCAAAUACAGAAUUUGGCAGCAGAGUGUGUCAGUAGUGGAUUCAGCGGCACUCUGUUCCCGUAUAAAUGUGAUCUGUCUGUAGAGGACGAAGUGUUAUCCAUGUUCUCCUGGAUCAAAGUUCAACAUCAGGGGAUUGACGUGUGCAUUAAUAAUGCUGGUUUGGCUCUCCCAGAGCCUCUAUUGAGUGGCAAAACCAGUGGCUGGAGGACUAUGAUGGAUGUGAAUGUCAUUGGCCUGUCAGUGUGCACCCGUGAGGCUUACCAGUCCAUGAAAGAAAGAAAUAUUAAUGAUGGCCAUAUCAUUAAUAUUAACAGCAUGAGUGGACACCGGGUUGUUAACAAUGCUGAUGCACACUUCUACACUGCCAGCAAAUAUGCUGUGACUGCUCUCACUGAAGGUCUCCGGCAAGAGUUACGCGAGGCCAAAACACACAUACGUGCCACAUGUAUAUCUCCUGGUUUAGUAGAGACAGAAUUUGCCUACCGGUUCCUUAGUCAAAACCCAGAAAAGGCUGCUGCUACAUAUAAAAGUAUAAAGUGCCUGCAAGCAGAUGACAUAGCAAACGCAGUGGUGUAUGUCCUAAGUGCUCCUCCUCAUGUUCAAAUCGGUGACAUUCAGAUGAGGCCCGUGGAACAGUUGACUUAACUUGAAGAGAUAAACAGGAACAAGCAUCACUGACAUCUCAAUCAUCUUAAAAGCUCAAUAUAUAGUUUCAAAUAUUACAUGUAGGGAAAACUACAAAAAUGUCCCUAUAAACUG